AAGCCAAGCAUUUCAAACGCAACAGAUAAUCUAUAUCCUAAACUACCACUACUACUACUACUCGUACAAGUAUUUCCUUGACGUUGAGGAACUAAUAUCGUGAACCGAAUAUUCCCAACAAUUCCCAUGAUCAAAUCGUAUAUAUAUCGAACACAUUGUGUCACACCCUUCACACACACAAACACAAACACAAACACUGAUAGCUUCAUCGCUCAGGAGUUGAACAGAAGAGAGGGAGAGGCACGACGCCCGCCAUGGCGAAGGAUCAGCUGGAGGUCCUCAACGUGCUGGACCAGGCCAAGACCCAGCUCUACCACUUCACCGCGGUGGUGAUCGCCGGCAUGGGCUUCUUCACCGACGCGUACGACCUCUUCUGCAUAUCCCUGGUGACCAAGCUCCUCGGCCGGAUCUACUACUACGUGCCCGGGUCCUCGAAGCCCGGCAGCCUGCCCCCAAACGCGGCGUCGGCCGUGAACGGGGUCGCCCUGUGUGGGACGCUGGCCGGGCAGCUCUUCUUUGGGUGGCUUGGGGACAAGUUGGGCCGCAAGCGCGUCUAUGGCAUCACCCUUAUGCUCAUGGUGGGGUGCUCCAUCGCCUCCGGUCUCUCCUUUGGGAGCUCGCCCAGGGCCGUCAUGGCGACCCUUUGCUUCUUCAGAUUCUGGCUAGGUUUUGGCAUCGGAGGGGACUAUCCAUUGUCCGCAACGAUCAUGGCGGAGUACUCCAACAAGAAGACCCGCGGCAGUUUCAUUGCGGCAGUGUUCGCGAUGCAAGGGUUCGGGAUCCUCGCGGGUGGGACGGUCGCCAUCGUCGUCUCAUCCAUCUUCAGCGCUGCGUACCCCGCGCCGCCAUUCUCCGUAGAUCCCUUGGGAUCCACCGUCCCACAGGCAGACUACGUGUGGAGGAUAAUCCUGAUGUUUGGUGCACUGCCGGCGGUCCUGACCUACUACUGGCGGAUGAAGAUGCCGGAGACGCCGCGCUACACCGCCUUGGUGGCGAAGAACGCAGAGAAGACCUGUGCCGACAUGUCGAAGGUCUUGCAAAUUGAUAUCCAAGUCGAGAAGCAAGACCUCGAGAGCCAAGGCCGGGGUGAAACCACCCGGUUCGGGCUCUUUUCGAGAGAGUUCCUCCGUAGGCAUGGCUUGCACUUGCUGGGCACAACAAGCACUUGGUUCUUGCUUGACAUUGCCUACUACAGCCAAAACCUCUUCCAGAAGGACAUAUUCAGCGCGGUUGGAUGGCUACCUGCGGCGAAAUCCAUGAGCGCCCUCGGCGAGCUCUACAAGAUCGCCCGUGCCCAAACCCUAAUCGCUCUGUGCGGCACUGUCCCGGGCUAUUGGUUCACCGUCUUCCUCAUCGACCGCAUCGGCCGGUUCACCAUCCAGUCCAUCGGGUUCCUCUUCAUGUCGGUGUUCAUGUUCGCCCUAGCCUUACCGUACCACCACUGGACCCUCAAGGAGAACCGCAUCGGGUUCGUGGUCAUGUACGGGCUGACCUUCUUCUUCGCCAACUUCGGACCCAACAGCACGACCUUCGUCGUCCCCGCUGAGAUCUUCCCAGCCCGGUUCAGGGCCACGUGCCAUGGGAUCUCGGCAGCCUCAGGGAAGGCCGGCGCAAUUGUGGGCGCGUUCGGGUUCCUGUACGCGUCGCAGAACAAGGACAAGGCCAAGGCCGACCCGGGGUUCCCCGCAGGGAUCGGGAUGAGGAACUCGUUGAUCGUGCUUGCGGUGAUCAAUCUGCUGGGCUUGCUCAUGACUCUUCUCGUGCCUGAAUCCAAAGGAAAAUCACUCGAGGAAAUGUCACAGGAGAAUUGCGAAGGUACAGAGAAUCAUGCCAAGAACGAGUCUGCAAUUGUCUAGAGCAACAAGAACAGUAAUUACAUUAAUCUCUCUAGAUAUAAUUCUGUAAAUUUGGCAUUGAUCAUUAGGUCUGCCUUCAGUUUUUUACAUCUCUUCUUCCUUUUUGGAUCUUUGAUUAAUGUUGCCAACUGAGUUUUUUUACCGCAUGACCAAGUUCAGUUUUUGGUUUU